AUGAGCCUCCCUGGCAUUAACACCCAGAUCGAAGAUGUGGUCGCUCGCAUCUUCGAGGAAAUCGACCACAACGGCGACAGCGAAAUAUGCUGGAACGAUUUUCAGAAGUGGCUACUUCGCUGGAACGUCCCUCACGACGACAGCGAAGAUGCGGCCAGAUCCUUGUUCACGUUUCUCGACCGAGACGGAAGCGGUCGCAUUGAUGCACAAGAGAUGAUGGACGCACUGAUGCUGUUGAGCGAGUUUGAAUCCAAGCUUGAUGGAUCACUGAGCGUCACCCAUGCUGAAGCAGGCCAGAUCAUUCGCGACCUGGACCCAGAUGGAGAAGGAGGAAUUGAUUACCACACCUUUCUGGAAGUGCUGCACGCUGCGCGAAGCGGCAAGCCUGACAGCUCGAACCGACCGCCGCACCUGGUAUUAAACUUCGACGUCAACAACACAGUGGUCAUGCUGGACUCAGCCACCGGCGCGGAUUCCAAGGGGCUCAUAUCCAUGGUGCUCUCGAACUCUGCCUGGGGCGUGAUCGACUUUGAAGAGGGAAAGCCGGAAAAGCCGGGAAAACCGACUCAGUGGUCGGUGAAGGCACCAGAGCUGUCCCCAACGUGCCCUGAGACAGGUCUUCGAACGUACUCCGAGUUCGUUGUGUUGCAGAACCCAUUCCCAGACUCGGCUGCCUUCACGGACAAGGCUGAACUUCGAGCUGCGGUUGAGGGAGUGAAGGCAAGUCGCCGGAAAGCCCUGUGGUCUUUCACAGAUCCCGGCAUGCCUGGAGAGGCCUUCCAGCAAGAUCUGGCCAAGAUGCAGGAGCAGCUGCUUCUGCCUGAAGAAGUCCGAGGCACACAGCCUGCAAAAGAUGCAGGUCUGGGCGGGCAGUCGGUGCAACUCCUUCCUUCAUUCCUGCAUUUGCUGCGAGAGCUGAAGCGAAAGGGGAGAAGUUUCACGUUGAUCUUUCGCACCUUUGGCCAAGAUCUCCCACAGCUGCGCCAGGAGGUGGAGGCCCUUUGCGAAGGAUGGCACCCCCUAUUCCAGAAGGAAGACGUCGUCGUCUUGGACGGGUCGGAUGGACAGGCAGACUACCGCAUGAGCUUCGACACAACGAAUGGGUGCGGAACGUUCUUCCGCAACCCUUUGGAAGGUGACCUAAUCGCACUGGCAAUGGGGACUGUGCAGCAGCCAAAGAAACUGGAGGAGGGCCUUGAGUUCUGGAAGGACAAAGAAGGUGUUCAGAUGUUCGAAGGGGUGCAUCAAGUCUUCAAACACUACACGGAACUCUCCUCCAAAUGCUGCACGGUGGCGCUUCGCGACUUUUACCCGGGAUGGGCGGCAGCCAAUUCAACAUCCGCUGGUGGAAAGCCCUUCUUCCUGGGCAGACUCGACCCGGCUCAGCAUUGCAUCUUCUUUGACGACCACAUCUCCCCGCUCGACCCAAAAAUUGUGGAUCCGAUCGAUGCACACUUGUGGCCACGAAGGUUCAGCAGCGGUCAGGUCUACGGUGUCCACUUGGUACAAGCUCAGCCCUUGCUUUCAAUUCGUGACAGGAACUACUUCGUCAAAUGCAUCGAGGAUUGCGAGACGGCGAGGGCCGCCAAGCUGGAGCGCUGGCACAAGCUGAAGCGCAUGGUGGGAGAUCUGGACGGAGUCCGCAAGGUCCUCGCGGGCUUCAUAUACACAUCAGUUCCGAGCCAGAAAGUGGUUUUCAGACCCUGGAGCUCGAGCCGCGAUGUGGUUCGUGCCCAAAGAGUACCUACCUUCGAGGAUGUCUAA